AUGACUGAUUUUUAUGAAAUACUCGAAGUCGAAAAAACGGCUACAGAAGAUGAAAUAAAAAGAGCAUAUCGUCGGUUAGCUCUUAAAUGGCAUCCAGAUAAAAAUCUUACAAACAAAGCUCAAGCAGAAGAAAAAUUUAAAUUAAUUUCUGAAGCUUAUGAAGUUUUAUCUGAUAGUCGUGGACGAUUUUUAUAUGAUCAAUUGGGUCCAUCAAUAAUUUAUAGUGAAAGAACAAAUGAAGAACUUGAAGCAUUAUUUCGUGCAGUAGUUAUUGAUCAAGAAUUUUUAAAAGUCUGCGAAGAACAAUAUAGAAAAGAUGCAAAUUAUAAUCAAGAUAUAAUAUUAUCAUAUAUAAAUCCAAUAAAUCAAUAUGAUUAUGAAGAAAUUGCAUUAGGUGAUAGUGAAAAUCAAUUAAAAGGAAAUGUUGUUCAUGAAAUAAAUAUGUCAGUUCAUUAUGAUUUUCAAUAUGAUAAAAAUAAUUCAGAUUUUAAAUUUAUUAAACGAUCUUUUAAUAUUCUUCCAGAAAGAAGUGAAAAUUUAAAAAAACGAAAUCGUUUUUCAAAUUUAAAUUUAUCUAAUGAUAUUGAUCGUUUUGUUAAAAUGCAUGAUUAUGUUCGUCAUUCACAACAGCAACAACAACAGCAACAACAACAGCAACAGCAACAACAACAACAACAACAACAACAACAACAAGGUACAAAAAUAAAUCACAAGAAAAAACCUCCUUUAAAACGACGACAAACAUUGAACGAUCAGUAUAGACGAGCAACAAUAAAUGAACCACAACAAUUAGAUUCAUUUGUUUUAACUCAACUUGUUGAACAACAAUUAGAAGCUGCUCAUCGUACAACUACUAUGAAUAAUUUUAAACCAAUUAAAAAUCAACCUAUUCGUAUACAACCAACUAAUCGUGCUAAAUUUAUUCAACCACCAAUAUUAAUUUCAAAAACUGAAGAAAAAUCUUCUCGUCAUCGUAUUGAUCAUAUUGAAUUUCCAAAAACAACUUUUGCUCGUCCUUUACAUACAUCAUUUACAUCUUAUAAUGAUAAAUAUAUUCCUCAAUCAAUUCAAUCAAAAAGAGAACGAGAAAAUCUUUUAUUUCUUAGUCAACAAGGUAUUCUAUCAUCAGCACGUGGAUUUACUUUACAAAAAAUUCCAGAUUAUGUUCAAUCAAUUGAAUUACUUGAAGUUCCAUAUAUACAAAAGAAUGGUAAUGAAUCUCGAGAUUUUAAAGUUAUUGGUUAUGAAACAUUUGAUCGUCGUCCAAUUCCUCCAACUUCUUCUCUUCGUCGUACAAAAUCAAUGAAAAAUAUCAAAAUAUCAAAUGAAAUAUCAAAUAAUAAACAUUCACCAACAAUUGUCAAUAAUAUAAGUUCACCUAAUUUAUCAAAAUUAACAUUAUCAUUAAAAAAUAUGAAACAUGAUAUAUAUCAUAGAAAUGAAACAGCAAUUAAUAAUAAACAAGUAUUCAAAGAAAAUAGUAAAGAAGAAUUAGAAUUGACGACUAUUGCUGCUGCUGCUGUUAAAGAUAAACGUCGAAAAUAUGAUCAAUUGGGUCGAGCUGGUUUAUCAAAUGGUCAUGGUGGUGGUGGUAGUGGUGGUUUUUCAUCUAGCAAUGUUUAUGGAGGAUUUUCAGAAGAUUUUCUUAAUCGAACAUUUCAUUUUCAUAAUCCAUUCGAUAUUUUUGAACAAUUUAUGUCACAUUUUGGUAUGGACGAUGAUUUUGACAUAUGGCCACGUCAUAUCUUUUCUUCUGGUUUUGGUAUGCAUCCAUUUGCUGAUUUACAACGUCAGCGUCGUAAUCGAGAUCCACAUUCCUCCACAUCACGACGUGCACCACAACAAAUGGCUUUGUUCGAUAAUUUCUUUUCUCCAAUGAGAAUGUCUUUAUUCGAUCAUGAUUCAUUUGCCGGUGAUUUUGGAAGAAAUGAUAUUGGAAAUAUUUCAUCAUUUAACAUAUCAUUUGGAGGUGGUGGUUCUCGUCCAAUAUCGAAAAAAACUUCUAAAUCCACUAAAAUGGUUAAUGGUCGACGUGUAACUACAACACGAGUUGAAGAAAAUGGUCAAAUAACAGAAAUAAUUGAAGAAGAUGGUCAAAUAAAAUCAAAAAAAAUCAAUGGAGUUUUACAAUCGAUUAAAUAA